CAGUGUCUGUCCUAUACAUUUGGAACUAAGCCUUAAUUUUGUUUUCGAAAAUUCCAAAUUUUUCGUAGCCAACCGUAAUCUUGGAAUCCUGUCAACAUGCCAGCUGGGAAGUGCGGGUGCACCAAAUAUGAAACUCGCGUCCAUGUUAUUUACGUGGGAGGAACUAUCGGAAUGAUACGCAACGAGUCCGGAGUAUUAACGACCGUGCCCAAAAUGUUGGAAAAGAAGCUUCGCGAUAUUCCUAGCUGCCACGAUCAAACAGUUGCUAACAAGACAGAUGAAAAAUGUUUAUUGGCACUUCCAGCAGUUUCGGGGGCUCCGUAUCGUGUCCUUUACGAUUUGGUCGAAUUCGAUCCCCUGUUGGAAUCCAGUUGCAUGGGUUUUAGUGACUGGCAGCGCAUGGCUCAUGAAGUGGGAAAAAAGUAUAAUUCCUACGACGGCUUUGUGAUUCUCCACGGAACGGAUACCUUGGCCUACUCCGCUUCCAUGCUGGCUUUUAUGCUGGAGAACCUUAACAAGCCCGUCGUGGUAACUGGAGCUCAACUUCCCAUUUUCGAGGCUCGAUCCGAUGGAAGGGACAACUUUCUGGGUGCCCUUCUGGUGGCAGGCAACUACAACAUUCCCGAGGUGCUCGUCUUCUUUGGCAACAAGCUCUUCCGUGGCUGUCGUACCACGAAGCUCAAUUCGGAUUCCUUCCACGCAAUCGAUUCACCCAACUUACCUCCUUUGGGACGUGUAGGUGUGAACAUUGAGAUCAAUAGCCGCCAGAUCUUCCGGCCGUGCAACGUUAAGCCGUUUUCGUUGCACUGCGCACUGGAGAAAAACGUGGCUUUGCUGAGGAUUUAUCCCGGCAUAACUGCCAGUGUGAUGCAGGCCUUUCUGAAGGAGCCCAUUAAAGGUGUUGUCCUUCAGACCUACGGAGCUGGAAACUUUCCGGUGGGUCGCGAGGAUUUAAUGGACGCCCUAAGAGAGGCAAUCCACCGAUGUGUCAUUAUCGUGAACAUUUCGCAAUGUUCGGCGGGCAUGGUCACGAACACUUCUGAGACGGGUAAUGAACUGCUCAAGUUGGGCGUGAUCCCCGGCUACGACUUGACCCAGGAGGCCGCCUUCGCCAAGUUGGCCUACGUGUUGUCCAAGCCGGAGUGGGAUGUGCCCAACAAGAAGAAGGUUAUGCUGUUGAGCCUGCGCGGUGAGUUGACCACCAACAAGGUGGCCAAGAUCAACGACAUCGAUCUCAUCGAGGGCGUGGCUCGCACACUGCACAUGUCCACGGCGGUGGAGAAACAGCAAAUGUGCUCCACAUUUUAUCCUGCUUUGGUGGCAUCUGCCGUCACCGAAGGCGACACCCACAAGCUGAGCGAUCUCAAGCAGUACGGAGCCAAUCUGUGCGACACCAACUGCGAUGGACGUUCCGCUCUGCACCUGGCCUGCUUUCUCGGCAAGAUGAACUGCGUCUGCUUUUUGGUAUCGUCGGGCUGUCCGGUUAAUGUGCACGAUCGAUUCAACCGCACGCCGCUGCACGAGGCCAUCGACACGGACAACCAUGAAAUUAUCAAGGUGCUGCUCAAGAACGGCGCCACUUUGAAUGACCAGCCACUGGUUCAGGCGGAGCUGCUGCGCGCCCUCACGGAGCGGGGCAAGGUUAAGCGAAUGGAGUCCUUCCGUCUGGCUGGCGCUGAUCUAACCUUGGCCGAUCGCACCGGACGCACUGCUCUGCAUUACGCCUGCCAGUUGGGCAACCACGAGGUGGUGGACUAUCUGCUCCCGCACUACGAAAAUCCGUACGUGAAGGAUGAGCUGGGCAUGGCGCCCAUUGACUACGCCAAGGCAGCCAAUCAUGCCCACAUUAUAACCCUGCUGCGAUUCCGGGAGAACGAGUUGGCAGAACAAGAUCCCUGUGCCUGCUUGAACUAAAAAGGAUUGUUAUUAUUCCCAAUUAAAGAUUUCUCAACCA